UUCGUUUUGGGAGAACACAUAGAUGAGCUAAGAGCUAAGAGGAAGGUGCCCCUCCUCAUGAGCCAUGCUGCUUCUUUCUCUCUCUCUCUCUGUUUCUUUCCAUAAAGAAUCAUGCCGAAUGAGAACUGAGUUUACAUUUAUUUUAACCUCCCAAGAAUGAUAUAUAUAAGAAGGCCACGAACAAGUGUAACAUCACUGCAAGUAGCAAGAAAGCAAAGCAAAACAAAACAAAACAAUGGAGGUGAAUGGUGUCAGCACGGUGAGGCAAGCAGAACCCCAGCACCAGGCACCUGGUUGGAAGAGGUUCCUCGCUCAUGUCGGCCCUGGCUUUCUGGUCUCGUUGGCUUACCUCGAUCCUGGAAAUUUGGAGACUGACCUACAAGCAGGAGCAGAUCACAGAUACGAGCUCCUAUGGGUGAUUCUGAUCGGACUGAUUUUUGCCCUCAUUAUCCAAUCUCUAUCGGCAAAUCUAGGAGUGACUACAGGGAGGCACCUGGCUGAACUGUGCAAGGCAGAGUACCCUGUUUUAGUGAAGUACUGUCUGUGGCUGCUGGCAGAGCUGGCUGUGAUUGCUGCUGAUAUACCUGAAGUGAUAGGGACGGCCUUCGCUCUCAACAUCUUGUUCCAUGUUCCCGUUUGGGCCGGAGUGCUUGUGACAGGAUUGAGCACUCUGUUGCUGCUGGGACUGCAGAGAUUUGGGGUCAGAAAACUCGAGCUGUUUAUCUCCCUCCUGGUGUUUGUAAUGGCGGCCUGUUACUUCGGGGAGCUGAGCUACGUGAAGCCGCCUGCGACGGAGGUGAUCAAGGGCCUGUUCGUCCCGAGACUCAAAGGCAACGGCGCCACCGGAGACGCCAUCUCCCUCCUCGGCGCCCUCGUCAUGCCGCACAAUUUGUUCCUGCAUUCAGCACUAGUGCUGUCGAGGAAGACUCCACCUUCUGUCAAAGGGAUCAAUGAUGCCUGCAGAUAUUUCUUGUUGGAGAGUGGGUUUGCGCUGUUCGUGGCGCUGCUCAUCAACAUCGCGGUGGUCUCGGUCUCCGGAACCGUGUGCGCGGCUACGAAUCUUUCUGCUGCUGACGCUGACAGAUGCAGUGACCUAACCCUAAACUCUGCGUCUUUCUUGCUAAGGAAUGUGCUGGGGAAGUCGAGCUCCAUCGUGUACGGAAUCUCUUUGUUGGCUUCUGGCCAGAGCUCGGCGAUCACAGGCACAUACGCCGGUCAAUAUAUCAUGCAGGGAUUUUUGGACAUUAAAAUGAGGAUAUGGGUCCGAAACCUCAUGACUCGAUGCAUCGCCAUUUGUCCCAGUCUCGUCGUGGCGAUCAUCGGAGGAACGGCCGGCGCCGGGAGGCUCAUCAUCAUCGCAUCGAUGAUCCUCUCGUUCGAGCUCCCCUUCGCCCUCAUCCCUCUGCUCAAGUUCAGCAGCAGCAGCACCAAGAUGGGACCUCACAAGAACUCCAUCUACAUAAUUGUGAUCUCGUGGAUCCUCGGGCUGGGCGUAAUUGGCAUCAACAUCUACUACUUGAGCACGAGCUUCGUGACGUGGAUCAUCCACAGCAGCCUCCCCAAGCCUGUUACAGUGCUGAUUGGGAUCGUCGUCUUCCCUGCCAUGGCGGUUUACGUGCUCGCCUUGAUCUACUUGACGUUCAGGAAGGACACGGUGGUGACCUUCGAUGAGAAGAUGGAGCACUCGAUGGAGCAGGGAGGGCAAGGAAUCAACAGGGGGACGGAGGUGGUGCCCUACAGAGAAGACCUUGCCGGCCCUCUGCCGGAGUAAAGAUUUUCCGAGGGCAGGUUGGUUUUUAUGAAUAUGAAGGAUCUUGAUGUGAUUAAUUAAUGUCGAGUGUGUUUGUUGGAUUUCAUGUAACCAGUGCAUUUUGCUAUUCUCCCUAAGAAAAAGUUGUAUUUGCAAUAUAGUCA